GAGAAAUUAUACCAUCGAACGUACUUCAUAUCGCUCCAUCCAUAUCUCCCACUUGCGACCGACUCGGCCCCGCUCAGCCCUCUCGAUCUCCGGCACCACUGCUCCUACCAACCAUACUUUACUUCGUUCAAAAGUUCAACUCCAAAACCAAAACAAACACCCCUCUCUCUCUCUACCUUGUUUCCAAAAUAUAUUCUUCCUCUGAUAACUAUUACUCGGUCGAAGACGGCAAGACCCCAAUCGCUAGUCCAAUCAUCUCUUCAUUUUGUUAAAGAGUUGGAAGAUAAGAUGAAGUACCACUCAGAGGAAGUGGAUAGUAGGAGCUGUGGAGAGCUCAAGAAACAAAAGAAGAUGGCAGAGGAGGAGGGGAGUAGAAGAGGAGGGGAUGAGUCGAGUAAUGAGGUGGUCAAGAGGCGGAGAGGCCGCCCGCCGGGAUCCAAGAACAAGCCCCAGCCCCCUGUUGUCAUCACCCGCGAGUUUACCGAUUCCUCCCCCGCCAUGCGGCCGUACGUCUUCGAGAUCCCUGCCGGCCGCGACGUCGCUGCAGCCCUCGCCGACUUCUCCCGCCGCCGUGCCCUCGGUUUGUGCGUCCUCUCCGCUUCAGGCCCCGUCGCCAGCGUCACACUCCGCCAGUCACCCUUGCCGGUGGAGGGAUCCCCCUCCGCCGCCGCCGUGGUGACGUUAGGCGGCGGGUUCGAGAUGCUCUCUAUCUCCGCCACUUUCUUCCCGCCGUCCCUCCCCGCCGCGCCCGGCGGCGUGUUCUCGGUGUCUUUAGCAGGGCCGCAGGGGAGGGUGGUUGGGGGGAUGGUGGCGGGGCCGCUGGUGGCUGCUGGAACGGUGGUGGUGGUGGCGGCGGCAUUCGCACAGCACAUCUUCCACCGGCUGCCGGUGGAGGAGGAACCGGCCGGUUCGGCCUCGGCCUCGCUCUCCGGCGGCGGUGGAGGUGGCGAUGAGGUUGCUGCCUACCCUCAUCAAGAUGAAGAUGAUCAUGAUGCAGAAGCGCAGUAUCACUACCAACACCACCAUUAUCAUCGCCAUCAACUUCAUGGAUCGUCCGAUGGUACACCGAUCUUCCCUGGUCACUUCCCUCCCAAUAUUCUAUGGACUCUCCCCGCCCGCUCCCCGCAUCUACCACCACCACCACCUUAUCGAUUCACUUAAUAUUAUUUUCUUGUUUAUUGUCAAAAAAAAUAUCUGAUCGAUCUGUUUUUUUUUUUUGUUUUUAGUAUUUGGUUUUGAUUGUUAAUGAGAUUAUUAUGUAGUAAGAGAAGGUUAAUUAGGAAGUAGUUAGUUCUCAUCAGGAAUAAACUUUGGAGGCUUAUAUGAUGAACUGGAUAAGGCUGGUAUGAUGGUA